CAACAAGCACAAAAUACAAAAUAUCACAUUUAUAACUCAAUAUAUCAAUAUAUAUUUUAUGACGAAUCACGAACAUGACAUGGUCUGGAUACACUACAAGCUGGUGCGCAAGCCCAAAACUGAGGGCGAAGGCGUCAUCAUGAACGUGGGCAUACUGGCCAAGCUCUAUCGACAGGCGCGCAUGGCCAUCAUGGAGGAUACUCACGACGUGGAUGCUAAUUGUGAUGGGCCUGAUCUGGAUUUCGUUUACGCCGAUGUGGAUAGCUAUCAAAAUGAAAUCGCCGAACUCUACAGUUACACGGAAUUCAGUGAAUUCCAAAUGAAUGUCAAGGCAUUUGAGGACCAAAUGGAUCUAUAUGAUCUGCCGCCAAAUUGGCAGAAGCAGGACGCCGCUGCACAGCGCAGCAUUGUGAUGAAACUGGUCGAUCAAUUGGAGGUAUCGGAUCGCUCCUUUCGCAUGCAGGCGGCACGCUGCAUCCUAUAUUUGGCACAGGGCUGCUGGGCCGAGGUGCAAUCGGACGAGGAGCAGCAUCAGAAUACGCGCGACAAUGUCAUUGUACUCUAUCAGCUAGGCGUCUUCUCCUCGUUCAUCGAUUUGCUCAACAUGGAGAUCGAGACCGCCUGCUCUCCAGAUAUUGUGGCGGUCAAGAUUACCAACGUGACGCUGGUGGAUUCAACGGAUAUACGGGUCAUACUCUCAGUGCUGUAUAUCAUAACGGAGACAAUACGCGAUGAGCGCGAAAAGGGCAGUGAGGAUUACAAGCAGCUGGCCGAAUCCUUUGUGCAGGAAAUCAACAGCCCCCUGCCCGACGGUGAGCUGCUCGCCGUCAAGCUGCUGGGCAUGAUUACGCGGUUCUGUAGCGGCGCUGCACCACAGUUUCCCAUGAAGAAGGUUGUGCUGCUGCUGUGGAAGGUCUCGCUGCUGGGACUUGGCGGCAUGGAAGUGCUGAAGAAUCUCAAGAACGAGUACAGAGCCAAGAUCGGGCUGGAACCGAUCACCGAGGACACACUGGAGGUAACCAAAUGCAUGCGCGCCAGUUCACCGCCAGCGACGGCAACUGAUAUACUGGAGAAUCAGUAUCCCAAGCGGAAUUUCAAGCGCUCGCUAAUGAAACAACGCUUCCUGGACGAGCCGGAGCAAAUCGAUAUGGAGCUCUCGGGCAAUGAGGGCGGCCCGAAUGCCAACAAUGGCAACUCAACAACUGGCUCGGGCACGGGCAACGGCGAGGACGAUCUCUCUCAGUACUAUCGACCCUUUGACGAUCCCUCCGCUUCCACGUCGUCGGGCAACAACAGUGGCAGCGGGAACAACAGCAACACGGCAACAGCUAACCCGAACAAUCAACCAAGUCUUACACAGCCCCCGGCCGCAGUGCCGGCCGUGCAGAUAACGGCGCGUUUGCCCUGGACGCCAAAGGUGCGCCAGAAGGACAUUGAUCAGUUUCUGGAUAUAUCGCGCAACAAGUUCAUUGGCUACUCGCUGAUUGGGGAUCACGAGAGUCUGGCGGGUCUGCCGCAGCCCAUUCACGAGGGCUUCAAGACGCUGCAGCGUCACAUGUAUGUCAGCCUGGCGGACAUGCAGAUCAAGAAGGAGGAGGACAUUGCACGCAAUCCCAUUUCAACGCACGAAGAUGAGAUUAAGCUGACGCCGGCCGAGAUACUCUACCAGGCCAUAUUGCCCAAUCUGCCGCAAUAUAUGAUAGCCCUGCUGAAGGUCUUGCUGGCCGCCUCGCCCACAUCCAAGUCGAAGACGGAGAGCAUCAACAUAAUGGCCGAUGUGCUGCCCAAGAAGAUGCCGCUGACCGCAACGCAGUCAACUAAACUGACCGUCGACAUGGGCCGCCAUAAGGAAAUCAUUGUGAAGGCUGUCUCGGCCAUAAUAUUGCUCUAUCUGAAGCAUUUCAAGAUCAACCAUGUCUAUCAGUUCGAGUUCAUGUCCCAGCAUCUGGUGUUCGCCAAUUGCAUACCCUUGGUGCUGAAGUUCUUCAACCAGACCAUCACGGAGUAUGUGAACACCAAGAAUUCAAUACCCUUGCUCGACUUUCCCUCCUGUGUGAUCGGUGAGCAGCCGGAUUUAAGCGGCGACAGCUUUGUGUAUGGCGGCGAGAUGUCCGAUAAGCCGUACUCCUGGCGCAAUGUCUUUUCAUGCAUCAAUCUGCUGCGCAUUCUCAACAAGCUAAUCAAGUGGAAGCAUUCGCGCGUCAUGAUGUUGGUCGUCUUCAAGUCGGCGCCUAUCUUAAAGAAGACGCUCAAGGUGCGGCAUGCCAUGAUGCAGCUGUACGUGCUGAAGCUGUUGAAAAUGCAAACCAAAUACUUGGGUCGACAAUGGCGCAAGUCCAACAUGAAGACUCUGAGUGCCAUCUAUUCCAAGGUGCGACAUCGCCUGAACGAUGACUGGGCCUUUGGCAAUGAUCUCGAGUCGCGUCCCUGGGACUUCCAGGCCGAGGAGUGCACGCUGCGCGCCUGUGUCGAUCGCUUCAAUCUGCGCCGCUAUCCGGAGGCUACGCAAAAAUGCGGCGCCGGCGGCGGAGUCGGUGUGGGCAACAAUGGCACCGCCGCCCAGAAUGCCGAGAAUGCACAGCAAUCCAAUAUGCAUGCGGGCAAUAGCAGCGGUGAUCGGGACUCGAAUGGAUAUGGCAACAAUGGCAGCAGCGGCGGCGGCGUCACCAACAGCAGCGGCCAGCAGAGCCAGCAGCUGCACGAUUACGGCGUAGAAGGUGGCUUUCCCAGCGAUGAGAUACUGACGCAUUCAGAUUUUGCAUUCUUUGGCCAUUCGGGCUGGUGGGAUCGCAAGGUGGAGCUAACCGAUUACUUUAAGGCCAACUAUGCCGUCUGGCUGGAGGAGGAGGUGUACAACAGUCAGACCGACUGGGAUGCGCUCUAAGCCGGAACUGGUUGGAGGCAGACGCAGCAUAAUUAAGCAUAAAGUUAUUAACAUACUUUCUAAGUCGACAAUUGAUAUAAUCGCA